AUUUCUGAGUCCUUUAUUUACUGUGGUGACCAUGAAUAACACCUGGACCAAGGAUUCCUGCCACCAUUACUUGACCACUGGUGGUCACUCUGAGCGCCGAAUGCAAACCUUGAUGGACACAACAGUGAUCACGCCACCCACUGAUACCUGUACAGUGACAACUCUAGCACUCUCCAUCACCCUCUGUAUCUGUGGGACAAUGACAAAUCUCAUCAACAUUUUGGCAUUUACAUGUAAUUCCAAGGUUCAUGAUGACAAAACACCUUUCCUAAAGACAACUGUGAUCCUUGAUUUACUUUUCCUGGUGCUCAAUCUGCCUUAUUUUAUCCUUCAAACAGGAUACAUCCAUCUGGAGCCAUCACAGUAUGCUGAACUCACUGUUUAUGUUGGUAUUAGGUAUACAUUUGGCUUUAUCCUGAUGUGUGCAUCCUCAUGGAUGCUUGUUGCCUUGGUUACCAAAAAGAUCCUCUCUACACAGAUUGAGAGUGAUGACUCUAGAAUCAAGCCUCUUGGUGAACCUGACCAGACUGCUGACAGUACAGGAUGGCGCCAGUUCUUAAAAUCAUCAUCAAUGUUUAUUGCGGCCAUACUAGUUAUAGCAACAUUUAUCCAUGGUGUCAAACUAUUUGAGUACCAGACAGCUAGCUCUUCUGAUUCUCCGUGGCUAAUAAGUAGACGUCUGACAGGAUUUGGAUAUGAGCUCUACACAGCUACUGUAAAUAUAGCUGUGACCACACUCGCUCCGUACAUGUUUCUCCUGUGUUCAACAAUAUAUUAUCUGGUGACUGCUGUGAAAGUUUUGAUGCGGAAGAAGAGUGAAAGAGAGGCCAUCAGGGAUAUCUGGUUACUGUGUUUGCUCAGCCUGCUUCAUCUUGUGUGUUAUGGAGGAUCCCUCUACCAGCAAAUCCUGGUGUUAUUUACAAAGGUUGUAUCAAUUGACAACUUUUGUUAUGAUAGCAUCAACACUACCUUGAUUAUUCUGAACGCAUCAAUAAAAAUUGUCCUGUUCAAAUUAUUUACAUACCACUUCAAGCAGUAUAAACUUCCAUUGUCUGAUGUUUCCAGUUUUCUUGUCAAACAAAAUCUGAGAAUGAGACGGGGUGAUGUAGUGCGUGGUCAUUCCUUCAGCAAUCCUGUUUAUGACCAGGACAGUGACUGAUUAGAACUAUAUGGUACAAGUGACAGAGGUGAUGUGGUACAUGACAAGGACAAUGUGAUGCGUGACAGGGAUGAUGUGGUGUGUGACAGGGUGAUGUGGUGUGUGACAAGGUGAUGUGGUGUGUGACAGGGUGAUGUGGUGUGUAACAAGGAUGUAUUGUGUGUGGCAGAGUGACGUUGUGUGUAACAGGGUGAUGUGUUGUGUGACAGGGUGAUGUGGUGUGUGACAGUGUGAUGUGAUGUGUGACAGGGUGAUGUGGUGUGUAACAAGGAUGUAUUGUGUGUGACAGAGUGAUGUUGUGUGUAACAGGGUGAUGUGUUGUGUGACAGGGUGAUGUGGUGUGUGACAGUGUGAUUUGGUGUGUGACAGGGUGAUGUUGUGUGUAACAGGGAUGUGUUGUGUGUGACAGGGUGAUGUGAUGUGUGACAGGGUGAUGUGAUGUGUAACAAGGAUGUGUUGUGUGUGACAGGGUGAUGUGGUGUGUGACAGGGUGAUGUGGUGUGUGACAGGGUGAUGUGAUGUGUAACAAGGAUGUAUUGUGUGUGACAGAAUGAUGUUGUGUGUAACAAGGUGAUGUGAUGUGUUACAGGGUGAUGUGGUG